UCUUACACCUUGAUCUACGAACGCUACUCGCGCCGAACUCGCCUCCGAACACCACAAGUCCAAUGAGCGCGAGCGAGAUUCUGCGCGGGCUCACCCUCGCCGUCGCGGCCGACUGGGCGACGACGCUCGGCCUCAUCUUCGGCGGAUGCUGCAGCAACGCGCUCACGCUCGAGCACCUCACGCGCUCGCACCCGCACGCGGGCUCGCUCAUCACCUUCGCGCAGUUCGUGCUCAUCUCCCUGCACGGCCUGCCCAAGUUCCUCGUCCUCGGCCGCGGUCGGUGGGGCGUGCCGUGGCUACGGCUGCGCGCGCGGCGGACGCCGCUCGCGCCGUACCUCGCGCAGGUCGCGCUGUUCUACGCGGUGUCGCUGCUGAACAACGCCGCGUUCGCGUACGGGAUCCCGAUGGCGGUGCAUAUCAUCUUCCGCUCGGGCGGGCUGGUGGUGAGCAUGCUCAUGGGGUGGUUGCUUGCGGGCAAGCGGUAUAAUAUUGCGCAGGUUUUGUCUGUGCUACUUGUAACCGCGGGGGUGUUCCUGACCACUCUGUCCGCCGCAUCAUCCAAGAGCAAAGCACCUCCGUCGCCCUCAGAUGCCGAAGCCGACUCCGCGUCCGAAUCGCUCGCAGGCUUGUCGAGAGAGCAGUGGCGGUACGCGUCUGGCAUCGGGCUCCUCACGCUCGCACUCGUGCUCUCCGGCCUGCUCGGCAUCGUGCAGGACUGGACGUACGCGCGGUACGUGCGCACUCCAGCACCCGCGCCCACAACGUCCAACGGAACCGCAGAGAAAGUUGGCACCGAGCCCACGAAUGGGCACGCGAAUGGACACACAAACGGACACGCGAACGGGCAUACGAAAACGCCCGACGUGGCCGCAACGGCGCCCGCAGCAGGACGCGACGUGGAGCCCUGGCAGGAGAGCAUGUUCUACCUGCACUUUCUCUCCCUCCCGAUGUUCUACUUCGUCCGACACGACCUCGCUGCGCAGGCGCGCGCCCUGCACGCAAGCCCGCCGCUCCGCAUCUCCCUCCCUCUGCCCCCGUCUUUCCUCGCCAAGGCCCAGCACGCGCUCACGCUCUACCCGCCAUUCGGGCUCUCGCAACCCCCAUCUUUCCUCUCAGAGAAGGCGGUCGCCAUAAGCGUGCCUGGGGCACACGCGACGCUCGCGCUGACGGCGGCGACCGCGCUCGUGUGCGUCGCGGGCGUCCACCGGCUGACGGCGCGCGGCGUGAGCGCUCUCGCGGUCACGCUGCUGCUCGUCGUGCGCAAGGCGGCGUCGCUCGUGCUCAGCGUGCUGCUGUUCCGCGCGCAGGGCGCGGCGGUGAACGCGGGCGUGUGGGCGGGCGCGGGGAUGGUGUUUGCGGGCACGAUGGGGUACGCGGCGGGCUCGCGGAAGGCGAGUAAACCGGCGAAAGUGGAUAAGGAGAAGAGGGAAUGAGAGUGGAUCGGACUGGACUGGGGACGGGGGCGUUCUGGGUGCUUAUAUGCGAACACUUUGUAUACCAUAAUAACAUCCACCAUAGUACAUCCGUAGAACCAUAGCUCUUGUAAUAUUUACAGGGAACGGCGCUGCUGUACACACAUAGAUAGAGGGCUGGGCCGAAACAUCGAG